AUGUCUACGAUAUCCGGUAAUGAGGAACAGCAGCCUCUGCUAAAUCAAGAAGUACCUACAAAAUCAAAUAGCGAUGCCUCUGAAAGGUAUACGCCCAAGCCUGGUUCAGUCUCAUCGGGCAGCCAGAGGAUAAGCGAUAACACGCCGUCAGAGAUCAAAAAUAAAUCGAAUGGGAAACCAAAGAAUAUGAAUCCUCCAGCACCGGGAAAGCAAAUGCGUGCAGGUGCACAGAGAACAUCACGUACUGCUCAGAAAUUGAAACUUUUACCAGAAGAACCAUUUCAAAGAGAUGAGGAAAUGCAAGAGCUUCGUGAUCGUGACGUCUAUUCCCAGGUGAGUAGAAUCACAGACAAGCCUGCUAGAAGAGAUGCUGAGAAGUUGGGUAAAGGUCAUCGACAUUUACUGCCAAGGGCCACGGCAUAUUGUACUGCAAGUAGUUACCACAUGAAAGAAUUAAUAAAGUGGUUGAAAGAUUGCAGAAAGAUACAUCAUACACAUCCAAAACUGUUUGAUGAAUGCCUGUAUACGCCGUUCAUGUACAAUGAUUGGAGAGGGGACAAAAGAUUUGAGCAUGAAGAUGUAAUACGAUUGGAUGAUGAAGGUGGUGAAAUCAAUGUGAGUGAUAAGCAACCUGAGCUGUAUAUUUUCGAGUACGGAGUCAUAGUAUUGUGGGGUUUCACAGAGCGUGAAGAGAAGGCUUUCCUCAAUGAUUUGGAGAGGUUUGAAAAAGAGAAGCUCGCUGAAGAAGACGUUCAGGUGGAGGAAUUCAAUUACUAUGUCACUCAGAGUUACCAACCAAGAAUCUAUAACGAUUUCAUCACACUUAGGGACGGAUCGAAUUAUAUGAUUAAACUAUCGAUAUCGCAUGCAAUUGCACAGAGUGUCAAGAUAUCAUUGUUUGAAGAGCUGGUGGAUAAUACCAUUGAAGACACACAGGAUAUACCGCAAGAAAUUGCCUGUAGCGGUAAAGUUUCGAUGAGUAAAGAAGAUAUAAUGAAAAGUAUCGGCGAACUUUUCAUUUUAAGAAUUAAUAUCAAUUUGCAUGGAUCUGUUCUUGAUUCACCGGAGAUCAUGUGGUCUGAGCCUCAGCUUGAACCCAUAUAUCAUGCCACAAGAGGUUAUUUAGAAAUCAAUCAGCGUGUGGCGUUACUGAAUCAAAGGUUAGAGGUCAUUUCUGAUCUUUUGCAAAUGUUGAAAGAACAAUUGGGGCAUUCUCAUGAGGAGUAUUUGGAGUUCAUCGUUAUCUUAUUGGUUGGAAUGGAAGUAUUGAUUGCUGUUGUAAAUAUCGCUGUGGACAUGUGGGCAAACAGUAGCUAA